AUGCCUCUUUCUGCCGGAGUCGUUGUCGGGUUGUACGGCAUAUCGGGAUGUGGCAAGAGUCGGGCGCUGCAAGACAUGAAGGAUGAACGCAUGGAAUGGCGUUGUCUGGAAGGCAGCCAAGUCAUUCGCGACGUCCUGGAAACCCAAGGGCGCGCUAUGGACGAUUUCCAGACCAGCAUGACCGAUGGAGAGAAGUUGGCCACUCGGGAAGAGGCUGCAAAGGACAUCCAAGAGUAUCCAGGCGUGACGAUUGUCGCUGGGCACUGUUCAUUCCCUGUGGAGAAACCAGACGGCACGGUCGCAUUCGAGGACGUUUUCUCGGCAAGCGACGGUGAGACGUACGACGCCAUAUUCUACCUUGUCAAACCUGCCGACCUAGUUGCUCAACAACGGCGACAUGAUACAGGCAGAGCUCGCAAAGAGCUCUCGGUUCAGGCUCUCACGGCAUGGAUGGAACAUGAAACGGCCCACCUCAGAGAGAAAUGUCAGCAACAUGGAAUUUACUUCGAGGUUGUUGAACAAGACACCUGUGAUGACUGCCAUCAAGGACUCAUCAAUCGGAUUGUCGAAGAAGUUGUGACCCCAGCUGCUGCGAAGGUCAGAAUCAAAUCGGAAAAUGCGCUUCGUGCUGCAAUUCGCGCAGACAUUCCAGACGCGGAUAUCUAUUUGCUGAUUGAUGGAGAUAGAACCCUUUGUCGCCAAGACACUGGCAUGCUGUUCUUUGAUAAAGCCACCCCCGACAAGAGCCCUUUAAGGAAAAUCUUUGAGAGAUAUGAUGAGUACACGUUCCAAGCAUUUUGGGAAGCAGCAAUGCUUUAUGAGCGUGUCGUCUCCCAAUCGGAGUACCGCCAAAUUUCGGAUGAGUUGGGUCAAGACAGUGUCGAAGUUUUCGACAAAUGGGUGGAUUUCCUCAAGCGCAUCCCCGAAGGCGUGCAGCCUGUGCUGGUAUCCUGCUCUAACCGAGAAGUGUGGCGAACUGUUCUGGAUAGAGCCACUCGAGACGAUGACGACCAGAUUGCAAACGGGCUGAAGCGGAUGUGCAUCAUAGCUGGAAACCAUGUUUCUUUGCAUUCCUACGUCGUCGACGAUAACGCCAAAGCCAUCGUGGCUUCUGAACUUCGGAAGAAAUCCUGUGGCUGUCGCAUUGUCGCGUUUGGUGACUCUGCUCUUGACGUUCCCAUGCUGAAGGCGUCAGACAGAGCGUAUGUUGUCGUGGAUAGUCGCCGCAACAGGUCCAUGAAGACCUUUCUUGAUAGCUCCAAAGGCUGCAGAAGUGGAUGGCUGCAACAGCUUAUAGACCUGGACCCUGACGGCCAAAAGCUGUUCUGGCAUGAUGGCCUCGCGGUAGCAUCACUCAAUGGAUUGUUGGACGAAAUUACCACUGGUAGCAUCUACGGGGUGCAAGAUUGUGCUGUGAAUGGUGAUUCGGCAACAUUAUUGGCAUGCCAAACACGGCGAGCAGACCUGAGUGGAGUAGAUCUCCAAAGGGUGCACGAGCAAGUUGGGAUGUAUCUUGCCGACAGACUGGUGGAUCACAAUGGACAUCGAGGAGGACUGAUUUGCGAUGCCGAGUUUCCCCAUGUGCAAGGAUCGGCAUUCGCUGGAAAGGCAACCUCUUGCAACGUUCUGAUUCUAGCAUUGAUGCGAGGCGGAGAGCCCAUGGCACGUGGUGUCUAUCAACGCUUUCCCUCUGCACAGUUCAUUCACUUCGAUCUUCCCAACUGUGGCAUCCAGGUGGAAGAUCACCGGGUUCUGCAUCAUAUCUUCAAGAACGCCAGCUGCGAACAGACCCUUAAUGUCAUCCUCGUGGAUUCUGUUGUAAAUAGUGGCACCAGCAUUAGGCGUGCCAUUCACAGCAUUCAGCACAACGCCAACAAAGCCAAUCCUUCUUUGCGUGUUGCCGUGGUCUCCUCGGGCCCCGGCUCGUCCACAACCAAGAUCUUCCUACCUCCAUCCUUCCCCGCUCCAACUCCUGGAAUGAUCCUGCUAUCAUGCAAUCCGACUCCACCUCGGCUAUCGCCGCUCCCGCUUCCGCUCCACCCUCCAGGAUUCCCAACUUCACGGCCUCUCUGCCAAAUACACCGCUCCUUCCAACCUCGGACUCCUUCUCCGAUCUCCUUGCAAAAUCCAUUCGCAGCGGACCCCACACCCGGGCCUGUCUCGCACCGAAGCCUACAAUCUCAUGCCCCGCCGUAA